GCCACGUGUCGGUUUUGCCCUGGCCACCGCUCGAAGCGGAGGCUCCAGCGGGUCCGGGUCCGGGUCCAGCCACGUGGCUUGGGGCCUUGGCCUUGGCCUUGGUCUCGCUGGACUUGCUGGAACAGCGAGGGGCCGUCGACAGAACACGGCUAUGGCUGCCAAGAAGAAGAAGGCCAAGGGCGUUGCCAAUGCCGCCGCCAAAGCAGCAGCCCUGAAGGCCUUACAAGCGUUGGAUCAGGAUACUGAAAAAAAGCAGGAAGAAGCGCAGAAAAAGAAGAGAAACGCACGAAAUGGAGCAGAGGCGCGGCAAGCAGGGCAAGCAGGGCAAGCAGCGCCUGUGGAAGUUUCGGAAAUUCAGGCACCACCUGAGAAAGUCGAGGAGGAAACAGCUCCCAAAGAAGAGAAAGAAGUGGAAGAAAAGG